CGUCAGGAGGCUUUGACUUUCAUCGAGAUUGGCCUGGUGUGAAGUGUACCGGCCCAAUAGAAAGGAACGAGGGGAAGAAUCGAUAAGACAAUAGAAGGGGAAGACCAAUGUAUACAUUUCAAUUGGGGGCUCGCCCCCAUGGCUUUUGUAUUGGGGCUUUGUCCACUAUUCGUUCCCCAGUGAAUGAAAAAGCGUGAGGAGAAUUCUAAACUCGAGAUGUUAGAAGGUGCGAAAUCAAUGGGUGCCGGAGCUGCUACAAUUGCUUCAGCGGGAGCUGCUGUCGGUAUUGGAAACGUCCUUAGUUCCUCGAUUCAUUCUGUGGCGCGAAAUCCAUCAUUGGCUAAACAAUUAUUUGGUUAUGCCAUUUUGGGCUUUGCUCUAACCGAAGCUAUUGCAUUGUUUGCCCUAAUGAUGGCCUUUUUGAUCUCAUUCGUAUUCCGAUCGAAAAUGAAAAGGAGGCUAGUCCCCGAAAAUGCCCGUUCUCAAAGUUGGGGUUCAUAAUCUGACUUCGUAACAAGGUGGCCGUAGGGGCUUAUAGUUUAAUUGGUUGAAACGUACCGCUCAUAACGGUGAUAUUGUAGGUUCGAGCCCUACUAAGCCUACCUUUUCACCUUAUGUUCAACUCAUUCGAAAGAGGAUAAACCAUAGUAUAGGUACGUAGUGACUCGAAGAUUCGUUUCAAAUGAGUUGCUAGAGAACAGAGAUUCGUUUCACAUAGUGAAACUCAUUUCGUUGAACUAUGUUCAACUCAUUCAGAGGAUUCACUCUUUAUAAAAGACUCCAACACGG